AUGGUUAAAAGUUCGAGCUCUUCAUCAAAUGAAAUAAAUAUAUCUGAAACAAAUGUUUCACCCCGUAACCAUGGAUCUCAGUCUAUUCCUUUGAUAACUCUGGAUAGUGAUGAUGAGAUACUCAGUCCAUCACCUACCAUCUCUAAACUCGUUAGUCUCGAAACAUUAAAUUCUGAGGAGGAGAUAAUUAGGGAGUUACAAGGAAAAAUGUUAAAUCAGUUAUUAUCAAGUAAAAGGAGGAUUAUACGGCGAAGAAUAAACCGGGAGAAAGCCGAGAUGGUCAAAGGGAAAGUUGUGAUGUUCGAACAGAAUAAAAUUCAUAAAAUACAACAUAACUGCUCUCCGUCUUGCCUACUAAGCAAUCCGAAUCCAUAUGAUAAGAGUUUCUCUGAUAUAUCACCUUUGUAUAUACCUUGUACGUGCGGAUGGAAAAGAGAGAUUUCUGUAAUGAAAAACAAUACGACAACGGAUGUACAGAAAUUCGUGGUGUACACAGCUCCAUGUGGAAAGUGUUUCUUCAAUCACAGAUCUUUACACACUUUUUUGAAGGCUACUAAUUCUGCUCUAUCCAUUGACUUUUUCUGCUUCGAUGUUGGAGUUGAUCCCUCGAAGAUGGUGAAAACCGCAGAUGACUUUGUGUUGCUUCCGGACAUUUCCAAACGACAAGAAUUAUACCCCAUUGAAGUUGUUAACACAAUUGAUUAUGAAGAAAUUCCAAAGGCAAUACAAAACAUAGAGUAUAUCACACAUCGAGAGUUCACCGGCAACGCCAAGAAGGUAUUAGAAACAAGUAAGAACGCAUGCUCCGGAUGUUCUUGCGAAGAUGAUUGUGUGAACAGUGCUAAGUGUGAGUGUCAGAUGCUGACCGCUGAAGGAACAAGUAGGUUCCACAACAGAUUAAGCAUGAUGUUCGGAUACUCUAAUCGAUCUCUUCCUGAUAAGGUGCAAACAGGUGUUUAUGAAUGUAAUUCUAACUGUAAGUGCUGGAAGAAUCGGUGUCCCAACAGGGUUGUACAGUUGCGCCCGAAAUAUCCUCUCCAGAUGUUCCGGACAGCAUUGAAAGGUUGGGGCAUCCGAGCAUUAACUGAUAUUCCAAAGGGAGCGUUCGUUACAAAUUUUGUCGGCGAGGUUCACUCGCAAGACACCCUGCAUGCAGUGCCUAAAUUUACUUAUUCAGCUGAUAUAGAUUACAUAGACACAAUUGAAAGACAGAAGGAGUUCGCUCGGGAUCAGUUCUUACGGCGAAGAGGAUCUCAUCGCUCUGAAGUUGGCUCACAGAGAAAUGGAGUAGACUGGUCCUCUUAUUUCGAAGGAGAAGAACAACUAUUCACAAUUGAACCUUCAAUCAAAGGAAAUAUUGCCAGAUUCUUCAAUCAUUCUUGCUCGCCUAAUAUGUUCACUCAAUUUGUUUUUGUUGAUACUCAUGAUAUUCGAUUACCUUGGGUAUCCUUUUUUACUAACAGGGAAAUAAAAGCAGGCGAAGAGCUAUCUUGGGAUUAUGAUUAUGAAAUAAAUCCCUCAAAUUCCCAAUCCAGUUAUUGUUUCUGUGGAUCAGAGUUAUGCACUGAUAUGAUCAGAAGAGUUUUAAAACUUUAUAAACCUGGAAUAGCGUUUAGAAGUCUUUCAUACUCGAAUUCGAGUAAGCGAACUUUCAGCCAGAAGGAUGAAAAGGAAGCUUUACAAUAUAUUAGGAUGACUCCUAGAGAGCAUGUAUUAUUAAGACCUGAUAGCUACAUAGGCUCCACCAACGUUUUCGAAAACUAUCCAAUUUGGUUGUAUAAUAGAGAAAAAAAGGAAAUGGAGCUGAAAUAUUCCUCUUUCUCGCCCGGCUUAUUGAAAAUUUUCGACGAAAUUCUCAUAAAUGCUGCUGACAACAAGUAUAGGGAUCAGACGAUGUCAAAAAUUAAAAUUUCGGUCGAUAGUGGCAGAAAGUCGAUAUCAGUUUGGAAUAAUGGCAAAGGUUUACCAAUUGUCGAACAUCCGAUUGAGAAGAUGUAUGUUCCAACACUGAUUUUUGGUAAUCUUCUGACAUCGUCAAAUUACAAUGAUGAACAAGACAAAUACAUAGGUGGCAGAAAUGGUUAUGGUGCGAAGUUAUGUAAUAUCUAUUCCGAAUUUUUCGAGGUAGAAACAGUAUCGAAGAGUAAUGGCUUACAGUUCCGCCAGCGUUGGUAUGAUAAUAUGGCUAAAUGUGAUGAGCCCGAAGUAUGUUCUUCUCUUGAAGAUGAUUACACGAAAAUAUCGUUUGUACCGGACAUGAAGAGAUUCAAUGGGGUAUCGUUCGAUGAGAACUUUGUAAAGUUGUUAGAACGGCGAUGUGUUGAUGUUGCUGGAACAUUGCAAGGAGUUGAUGUUUAUUUCAAUGAUAAAAAAAUUCAGCUUUCAACCUUUGAAGACUAUGCUCGCAUGUACGAUCCGUCUUGUUGCAUUCUCACUUUGGAAAAUGGAUGGCAGGUAGCACUCUCCUUAUCGGACAGCGGUUUUCAACAAAUCAGUUUUGUCAAUAACAUCCUAACAUACAAGGGAGGAAAUCAUGUUGAAAGCGUCCUCGAAAUCAUUAUUCCUAUAAUAAAAUCUGAGAUUGAACAACGCUAUGGUGGAAGCCUAAUUGUUAGGAAUAGUCUUAUCAAAAACAGAUUAUUUGUACUUCUAAAUUCGACUGUUCGGAAUCCAUCUUUUGAUAGUCAAUCUAAAGAGUUCCUCAACAAUAAGACUAAAUCACUGGGAAGUAUAUCAGUUUCGAACCCUAGUAAAGCAAUCGAAUGGGCUGAAAGUUCUGGUCUUAUUCUGGAUGUGCUUGAACACCUCAGAGAACGAAGUGGUAAGAAAAAUAGUGCUCAAAAUGCCACAAUAAUACCCAAGUUGGAAGAUGCUAACUAUGCGGGAACAAGUUCAUCUGCCAAAUGCACCUUGAUUGUAACAGAAGGUGACUCCGCGAAAGCUUUAGCUGUAGCUGGAUUAGAGGUUACUGGUCGGGACUAUUAUGGUGUCUUCCCAAUUCGAGGAAAGCUAUUGAAUGUGUCCGAUAUAGCUAGCCAGAAAGCGAAGAAAAAUAGCGAAAUUAAUAACAUGAUGCAAGUGAUAGGGUUGAACUUUGGCGUUGAGUACAUAUCUCCAAACAAUAGAGACAGUUUGAGAUACGGGAGAUGUCUCAUUUUAGCUGAUCAAGAUGAAGAUGGUUCUCAUAUCAGAGGUCUUCUACUCAAUUUCUUCAACACGUACUGGCCUUCGUUAGUUCAAGCCGGAUUUGUCUGCACUUUGAAAACACCUCUCAUCAAAGCUCGCAGAGGUUCUGCAGUUCAUGAAUUCUACUCUAUAAACGAGUACUUGAGAUGGAAAACCUCAAACCCUGAUGCGAAUGAAUACUCCAUAAAAUACUAUAAAGGAUUAGGAACCUCCACAUCUUCGGAAGCCAAAGAUUAUUUUCGUAAAUUGGAUGAAAAUGUAUUGACAUUUACCUCUGAUGGGGAUGCUGAUGAUGAAACGUUCCGCAUGGCUUUCCAACGAGCUAAUUCAUCUCUUAGGAAGAAUUGGAUUCUCUCAACUUUGAAACCGGACGCUGAUAAGACCGUUCAAAGCGAGCAACAAGGAGGGGAAAUGUCACUAACAGAUUUCAUAAAUAAUGAUUUGGUUCAAUUUUCAUGCUUGGAUCUGAAGAGGUCGAUACCGUCGUUAGUGGAUGGCUUGAAACCAUCGCAGCGAAAAGUUCUUCACACACUCUUACAACAAGGGAAUGUGAAAGAAAUGAAAGUUAAUCAACUCGCUGGUGCUGUUGCUAUGAAGCAAUCAUACCAUCAUGGUGAAGAAUCUUUGGUGAAAACGAUCAUUAAAAUGGCUCAAAGUUUUGUUGGUUCGAACAAUCUUCCUCUCCUUUCUGCUAUCGGACAGUUUGGGUCUCGUCAUGGAGGAGGUGAUGAUUCCGCAAGUGGACGUUAUAUCUAUACAAAGUUGAGUCCUUUAACGAGAUUGUUGUUCCCAGUCCAAGAUGAUGCUAUAUUGCAGUACAACUUUGAUGAGCAUUUGAGAGUUGAACCCACUUGGUACUGCCCGAUUAUUCCUUUAGUAUUGGUCAAUGGUGCAGAGGGAAUUGCUACCGGAUGGGCUACUCGUGUACUCAAUCACAAUCUUCGGGAUGUUAUCGAUAAUGUGAAACUAAUGAUAGAAGGUCAUGAACCUCUCGCCAUCAAACCUUACUGGAAUAACUUUGUAGGGGAUGUGUCUGAGCUAUCUCAUAGCAGUUAUCGUAUACAGGGAAAGUUAACGUUUCUUCCUAAGAAAAAUGGGUGUCCCCAGGUACUGAUCACUGAGUUGCCAGUUCUCAUGUGGACGAACAAAUACAAGGAAAAGGUUUUAACGCCUCUAGUCAAACAAGGAUUCAUAAGGGAAGUCUCCGAGUAUCACAUAGAAGCAACUGUUAAGUUUCUUCUGAAGUUGAGUAAAGAAGCUGCUUCUGUUUCUAAAGAUGAAAUGAAAAUGAAACUGAAGUUGGUUUCGAACCUCUCUACCAACUCUAUGGUAUUAUUCGAUAGCACCGGUUCUCUACGGGUAUAUAGUACAACCACGGAUAUUCUUCGAUCUUUUUUCGAUAUUAGGAAAGAUAUGUACAUAAAACGCCUCGAUCAUCAAACGAAACUAGUUAAUGCUCAAAAUUCAUAUAUUUGUAAUCAGAUUAGGUUUAUAGAGUCUUUCAUUAAUCGUAGUAUAGAUCUAUCUGGAUCAACUGAAGAAGUUAUAACGUCUUUAGAAAGUAGCGGAUUUGAUAGAAAUCCUAUAUCCUCGUUGAAAAUGGAAAGUGCCGAUUUCUCCUAUCUGUUGGAUCUACCACUGAACAAGCUCUCAAGAGACGAGAUGGCUAAGUUGCGAGAGAAACAAAUAAGGAAAAGUUCAGAACUUCAACGUAUUCAAUCAUCAUCAUGGAAAGAUGUAUGGAUGUCAGAGUUAGAAGAAUUAGAAAUAGGGUAUUCAAAAACGAUCUCAUGA